AAUACAUUUAUGCACAUAUAAUUUUCCCCAUUCCCGACUCCUCAUCGACUUUGACUCUGCAGCCAAUAGAAGAUAGGAAUCGAAGAACUAAGGCCAUAGCAAUUCUCUUUCGGCAAACACAGAAGAAUUUUGGUUAGAUCAACGAUGCAACAAGGAGAUUACAGCUCCUAUUAUCAAUUUCCUUACCUUUCAAACCCCAACUCCAACCCCAACCCUAACCCUAACCCCAAUCCAGUACCCUCCGAAUUUCACCAAGCACCUUACGCAUCUGCACCACCUUUUAGCUCCGGUUAUGCCUCCUCUGAUUACUCCGUUUAUCCCCCAAAUUACCCUCCGUAUUCCCAAAAUCUUGAUGCUGCCCCUCCCACUGCUUCCGCUUAUACUCCUCCACCCUCAGCCACAACUACUCCACCGGCUCCGGCCAUAGCUCCACAAUCGUCUUUCAAUCAACAACCCAUGGCGCCACCCUCGGCGACCGCGGCUCCUUCUUUUCCGCCAUAUGAUUCACAUGUUCCCUAUCAGCCUCCGGCCUCCCAGCCUCCUUAUUUCCAGCAGUAUGAUCAGCAUCAGACGGCUUCCAGCUACGGUCCUGCUCCUCCAAACCCCAACCCUAACCCCACGCCUAAUCCGUCUUACUAUUCAAAUCCGUACGGCCAAGUUGGAUCAUCGGUAUCAGCUGUCCAUCCCGCUUAUGAAAACGCUUACGACAAUUCCAUGAAAUUCGAUCACGGCGGUGGCAGUUAUUUCGACGAUAAAUACGGAGGAGGAUAUAAUCUCAACAGAUCCGAUUUAGGAUCCGAUCUCUAUGGAAAGCGAUCGGAUAGCUAUUCACGAUACGGUGAUGAUGGUGGGUAUGGUGACGGGGUUUAUGCUUAUGAAGGAGGAAAGGCGGAGCCUUAUGGGGCACGUGGUACAGCCCCAAAAUCGUCGACUUGGGUUCAAUUCGAUGAUUAUGGGCGAUCUAUUAAUAUCCCUUCUGGGAAGGACUCGUCUGGUGGGUCAGGUUCAGCCGCUGGUAAGAUUUUGAGGGCGGUGCCGAAGGAUGACACCCAGCAAGAUGUAAAGAGCGGUGUCCAGAAAUUUCGUGUUAAGUUGUUGUCUGAAAGUGGAGCACACGGCCCCAUGGACGUACUUUGCCAGAUUGGUUUAGAUGGUAUUCGUAUGCUUGAGCCUAGCAGCAGUCGAAUAUUGAGAAUAUAUCCUCUUGAGAACAUCACAAGAUGUGAAGUGUUGGACUCAUCCACCUUUGCAUUCUGGUCCAAAAGCUCUGUUGACAUUGAACCAAGACGGAUCAGGUUGCAGUCAAACAGUUACACUACCAAUACCCUUCUGGAUAUUGUAACAGCUGCAACUGUACAGAUCAAGGAGAUGGGUUGGAAAAGUCGGCCUCCUGAAUCUGCCAAGGCUGCUGAACAACCUGCAGAAAAGAAGAGAGGAUUUGUUGAUUGGAUGAACAUUAUAAAACCUGGUGCUGAGGAGAAAGAUCACUGGGUGCCUGAUGAAGCUGUUUCAAAAUGCACUGCUUGUGCAAUAGAUUUUGGGGCUUUUGUGCGGAAGCACCACUGCAGGAACUGCGGGGAUAUUUUCUGUGACAAAUGUACCCAUGGUAGAAUUGCUCUAACUGCUGAUGAGAAUGCUCCACAAGUUAGGGUUUGUGACCGAUGCAUGGCUGAAGUGACUCAGAGGCUGAAUAAUGCUAAGGAAAUAGCAAGUAAACCUACUGUAUUGCAGAGCCACGAGGAUCUUGCUAGGAAGCUUCAGGAAGAGAUGGGGAGAAGUCGCAGAGCAUCAUCAGGCUCCAUGUCUGAUGGCUCUGGUAGGCGGAUGAAGGAAGUUGCCUGUCCUACAUGCACAGUUCAUUUGCAGGUUCAAGUUCCAAGCUCAGGUUCUGAGACCAUUGAAUGUGGGGUGUGCCAGCAUCCUUUUCUCGUUAGUGCCCAUUGAUCAAUGCGCUUUUGUCACCAGUGAAUUGCUCUUUUUCUCUAUUAAUUUCUUGUUGAGGUCGUGUUUAUAAUAAACUAAUACGGAUGAGCUCUCUAUUAUCUCUUUUGUCAUCUCUUCAAGUUAUUGUGAAUAUGAAACUUAUCUCUUGAUCUUUAAUCAAGUCUUUUGUGUAAAA